GGGCGCGCGCUGCCUUGGCCGCCAUGGACCCGGAGCAGCGGGAGGAAGAGGAGGAGGAGCAGCGGCGGCUCUCGUUCGUCAAGAAACUGAAGGCGACUGUCCACUACACGGUGGGCUCCAUGUGCCAGGAAGCCGCUGAGGCCAAAGGCGUCAGGUUCACCAAGCCGGCCAUCGCGGCCAUAUCUGAAGUCACCUUUCAGCAGUGCGAACAUUUCGCCAAAGACCUUGAGAUGUUUGCCAGACAUGCAAAAAGAAGCACGAUUAACAUGGAAGACGUGAAGCUCUUAGCCAGGAGGAGUAGCGCAUUGCUAAGUUACAUCACAGAGAAGAGUGAAGAGAUUUCUCGAGCAAACCAGGAACAGAAGGAUAAGAAGAAAAAGAAGGCAGACGGAGGAAGCAAAAAAUCCAGUAAACAGGCAGUGACCGAAAUGGACAUUGACGAUUGAGAUGGCCUCCUGCUGCCGCUGGAUGCUCCUUUUCCAGCUGCUCUGGGUGGCAUCGGGGCCAAAGGAGCGGACCAUGGCAGCAGUCACCAUCCCACAAGCUCUACUGUGGGAAGCCAACUUGGAAGGAAUGAAUGGAGAGAGAGUAGAUACUGAUGGGUGUUUGGGGGGCUAAUCUUGUUCCUACUGUAAAUAGUUGACUAAAAAUUUAACACAUAAGAAAACUGGAAAUACUUAAGCAAGAUAUUCUGGUGCCUUUAUUGGUACUCUGAGAAAGGAGUGUUGGAGCAGUGUGAAUUUAAAUUAUUAUUAUUUUUGUUUUUUAAUUAAUAAAACGUUGUGUAGCUAACC